GUUGGCGGGACCAUCGAACCGUCCCCCGCCCUGAGCGCCGGAAUGAGUCUCUGACCGAAUCGUGGUCAUAUCGCGACUAGACAUCCAGCAUCAUCUGUGAGCUCCAGCCCUCAAUUCCCCGACUGGAUCCACUCAUCCCGCUUGAUGGUGAGAUAAGAUCAUGGCAUCCUCACAUCCACAUCGGCCUCCAUCCUAAUCCAACCCCUCCAGACCCGUCUCCAUCCUCAUUGAUACGCCUCACAUAACCAUCAUGGACGACCUCAACGGUCUGAACUGGACCCCCAGUUCGUCCAACGACGCCCGCAAGCCCCCGCCGAUGAGUUCGGGCCUCUUCCCGAGCGCCAGGCCGAAUAACACCUCUGGCCGUUCUACACCCCUGUCUGCCUCCUCGGGCCCCGCGACUGCUGCUCAAUCCAAGUCCGCGAUCCCCGACAAAGACAGCUUUGCGAACCUGGUGUCCUUCGGUUCCUCUAAUGCCAACAAGAACCUUUCUCUGAUCGAGCAGCAAAGGAGACUGGAGCAGGAGCGAGCCAAAAAGGAGGCGGAGAACAGAUCCCGCUUCGAGAAACAGUACGGGGGACAAAACUCUCAAUUCUGGGACAACUUGGAAACGGGUGGGAGCAACAGGACUGCUUCGUCAAGUACCCCUGCUCAGCAGAGCGCAACAAUUGCCGAUGAGGAUGAUAUACUUGCUGCUUUCAACGCCUCUGCGCCUGUGGACGCGUCGACAAACUUCCCCGUUCCCAGCCCCAGCCCGUCUCCGCAAAUACACACAGGCUCGUCGCCGUUUGCCUCGAACAAUGCAGGCGCCUCCCGGCAGAAGGACACAAUGACAUUUCCCGACGACGACGAUCCGUUCGGUCUGAAUCAAUUGAAGCCCAAGCCUGCGCAACCGCCCCAGCCCUCUCAGGCCGAUGACGAUGACUUCCUCGGCUUGCUGGGCAAGCCUGUAUCGGAGAUCCCUCGACCAGACCCCCCUGCUAAAUCACCUUCCCCGACCCGAAGCGAAGACCGCACUCCGCCUCCCAAACCGACUAAUGGAGUUGAUCGGGCGAUUGCCGAGCUCGUUGAUAUGGGAUUCCCUGCAGACAAAGCCAGCCAGGCCCUGAGGAUGACGUCAUCCGGCACCGAUGUUCAGGCGGCUGUUGGUCUACUCCUCACGCAGGCGCAUGAAGACUCUCGCCAAAAGUCCAGGAGUCGACCAAGUCCGAACGAACGGCUCUCUGAACACCCGAGCGGAAGCAGAGAGCGCAGUGAGAGACACGGGCGCGAUGUGCCGUCGUGGAUGCAACAAGAGCGGUCACGCAGCAACAACCGGACUCCCUCGUCCGCAGACAAGGAUCCGUCGCAAGUGGCGGCGGCGUUUGGAAACAAUCUGCUCAAAACAGCGAACUCCCUCUGGAAGUCUGGGAGCAAGAAGGUACAGCAGGUGGUCCAGGAGUUCAAUGCGGAACAUGACCCAAACCAGCCUCGGUGGCUGAGAGAGCCUUCCGCGCGUGAGGAGUCAUUCAGUGACCGUACUCGGGUCUCCGAGAAGUCCGAAGCUCGCCCUGAAACCAUGACCGACGAGGCACUUCUGCUAGAAUCAGGCGGGCCCAUGCGCCCGUCUCGUAAUACUAUGCGAUCGAAUGACAGGCCUUCCCCCCGUGCAAGCAGUAAUGGUUUCCGGAAUCAACCGUCCCCAGCGAGCGAAAGACGUGUCCAACAACCGGCUUUCAUGCAACAGCAGCUCCGAACAGAAACGAAGGAUCCCCGGUCUCGGUUAACAAAAGCCGCCGUGGAGGAGCAGUCGGCACAGGCAUAUGUCAGUCCUGCACGAAGGAAACGCCCCGUUGCCCCGUCGCCUGCUCCGGAGCCACAGGUCGAUUUGUUCGAGAGUCCAGCACCAACGCCCGUUCAGCGACCGAGGCCUUCACCCGCACCGGCUCAGUCGUCGUGGACAUCUCCCCCAUCUUCCACUUUACCCACAAGGCCCAAGGCUCCGCCUCGAGCUGUACCACCAGUAUCUCAAGAUGCUCUUGCCACUACGCAUCGCCAGCGUGGCGCCGCAGCAGAAGCCUACAAGAGAGGCGACUAUGCAGCUGCCCACGAGGCUUUUACAGCGGCCCUUGCACCACUUCCAGAUAAGCACCCUCUUACUAUCAUGAUCCGCAGCAACCGUGCCAUGACCGCUCUGAAAAUCGGAGAGCCCAAGGUGGCCAUCAGUGACGCGGACACUAUCCUAGAACUGAUCGGCCCCGCGAAGGGUGAAAACGAGAGCAUCGAGCUUGGCAACGGCGAACCCAAUAAGUCAAUGAAGGACUUCUUUGGCAAGGCAGUGAUGCGGAAAGCCGAAGCCCUGGAAAAUCUCGAACGAUGGGCGGAGGCUGCCCAGAUAUGGAAACUGGCGGUUGAGAAUGGCCAUGGCGGCAGCACCAGUAUCCAAGGCCGCAACCGGUGCGAAAAGGCAGCUGGCAUUGGCAAGCCUGCCCCGAAGCCUUCGACACCGGCCCGACGGCCUCCUGCUGCAGCUCCCGCUCCCAAGAAAGUGUCUGCUCUGGAUGACCUCCAGGGCCGUUCAACCCCGGCUGGAACCUCUUUCGAGGCCGUUACCCGCCUGCGAGAAGCCAAUCAAGCGGCCGAGCGCGCCGACGAAGAGAAAUUUGCUCUCUCCGAAAGCGUCGAUGCUCGACUGGCUGCAUGGAAGAACGGGAAACAAGACAACUUGCGAGCGUUGCUAGGCAGCUUGGAUACUGUCCUAUGGCCGGAAUCCGGAUGGAAGAAGGUGAACAUGUCCGAGCUGAUCAUGCCAAACAAGGUGAAGAUACAGUACAUGAAGGGGAUUGCAAAGGUUCACCCCGACAAGAUCUCCACCGACGCCACGACCGAACAACGCAUGAUCGCAGGUGCCGUAUUCGGUGUCCUGAACGAAUCCUGGGACAAGUUCAAGAAGGAGAACAACCUCUAGCAUCUCUCUUACCUACCUCAUAUCUCACCAUCAUCCAUCCAUCCAUCCAUAUCCCUGAAUUGAUAUCACACAUAUGCCUGUCUAUACUCUCUUCAUCUCUAUUAUCUCAACCAAAUAUCUGUUCCCUUAGAUUCCCGGGAUGGGUUGAUUUCAUACAACCUUAUUAUCAACCAGCCAACCAACCUACCUACCUACUUACCUACCACCCAAAGUCUCUCUACACCAUGGAAUGGAACACUUUCUUCUAUUGUACUCCACGCAGUGAAGCGGGCACACCAGCUCAUGAUUUUAUUUGCGCUGAGCCUUAUAACUCUGUACAUACAUAGACUUCUUUUUUUUUUUCUCUUUUCGCAUUGCUUUUGAUAUGAUGGGAUGAGCGGUUCACGGCUGACUGAAUGCAUCAUGGUGGUUGGCUCUG